AUCUCCAUAGGACCAUAUCCCUUUACCCUGUCACCCGUGUCUCUGGCAGAGUCUUCAGAUGACUCUUAUGUGUCUGCUGGAGAAGAGCCCCUGGAGGCCCCUGUGUUUGAGAUCCCCUUGCAGGACGCGGUGGUGGCCCCAGGGGCGGAUGUGCUACUCAAGUGUAUCAUCACCGCUAACCCCUCGCCCCAAGUGUCCUGGCAGAAGGAUGGGUCCACGCUGCGCAGUGAUGGCCACCUUCUCAUCCGGGCGGAGGGCGAGCGGCACACCCUGCUGCUUCGGGAGGCCCGGUCGGCUGAUGCUGGGAACUACACGGCCAUCGCUACCAAUGAGCUGGGCCAGGCCAGCUGCGCUGCCACGCUGGCUGUGAGACCUGGUGGGUCCACAUCCCCUUUCAGCAGCCCCAUCACCUCUGACGAGGAGUACCUGAGCCCCCCAGAGGAGUUCCCGGAGCCUGGGGAGACCUGGCCCCAACCCCCCACCAUGAAGCUCAGUCCCAGCCAGAACCGCCGCUCCUCAGAUGCUGGCUCCAAGGCGCCCCCCACCUUCAAGGUCUCCCUUAUGGACCAGUCAGUAAGAGAAGGCCAAGAUGUUACCAUGAGCAUCCGUGUGCAGGGGGAGCCCAAGCCAGUGGUCUCCUGGCUGAGGAACCGCCAGCCCGUGCGCCCAGACAAGCGGCGCUUCGCGGAGGAGGCAGAGGGUGGGCUGUGCCGGCUGCGGAUCCUGGCCGCCGAGCGGGGUGACGCUGGCUUCUACACUUGCAAAGCAGUUAACGAGUAUGGCGCUCGGCAGUGCGAGGCCCGCCUGGAGGUCCGAGCACACCCUGAGAGCCGGUCCCUGGCCGUGCUGGCCCCCCUGCAGGACGUGGACGUGGGGGCCGGGGAAAUGGCGCUGUUUGAGUGCCUGGUGGCGGGUCCUGCGGACGUGGAGGUGGACUGGCUGUGCCGUGGCCGCCUGCUGCAGCCCGCGCUGCUCAAAUGCAAGAUGCAUUUCGAUGGUCGGAAAUGCAAGCUGCUGCUCACCUCCGUGCACGAGGACGACAGUGGCGUCUACACCUGCAAGCUCAGCACGGCCAAAGAUGAGCUGACCUGCAGCGCCCGGCUGACGGUGCGGCCCUCACUGGCGCCCUUGUUCACACGGAUGUUGGAGGAUUUGGAGGUGCUGGAAGGCCGCACGGCCCGCUUCGACUGCAAGAUCAGUGGCACCCCACCCCCCUCUGUGACCUGGACUCAUUUUGGCCGCGCCGUGGAGGAGAGUGAGAACUUGCGUCUGCGGCAGGAUGGGGGGCUGCACUCGCUGCACAUUGCCCAUGUGGGCGGUGAGGACGAGGGGCUCUAUGCAGUCAGUGCCACCAACACCCAUGGCCAGGCCCACUGCUCGGCCCAGCUCUACGUGGAGGAGCCUCGGACAGCCGCCACUGGCCCCAGCUCGAAGCUGGAGAAGAUGCCAUCCAUCCCUGAGGAGCCAGAGCAUGGUGAGCUGGAGCGGCUGUCCAUGCCCGACUUCCUGCGGCCGCUGCAGGACCUGGAAGUGGGACUGGCCAAGGAGGCCAUGCUGGAGUGCCAGGUGACUGGCCUGCCCUACCCCACCAUCAGCUGGUUCCACAAUGGCCACCGUAUCCAGAGCAGUGAUGACCGGCGCAUGAUGCAGUACAGGGAUGUCCAUCGAUUGGUGUUCCCUGCUGUGGGGCCUCAGCAUGCUGGUGUCUACAAGAGUGUCAUCGCCAACAAGCUGGGCAAAGCUGCCUGCUAUGCCCACCUCUAUGUCACAGAUGUGGUUCCAGGCCCCCCAGAUGGUGCCCCACAGGUGGUGGCUGUGACUGGGAGGAUGAUCACCCUCACAUGGAACCCCCCCAGGAGUCUGGACAUGGCCAUCGACCCGGACGCCCUGACCUACACCGUGCAGCACCAGGUGCUGGGCUCAGACCAGUGGACAGCGCUGGCCACGGGCCUGCGGGAGCCUGGAUGGUCAGCCACAGGGCUGCGUAAGGGGGUUCGCCACAUUUUCCGGGUCCUCAGUGCCACCAUCAAGAGCAGCAGCAAACCAUCACCCCCUUCUGAGCCUGUGCAGCUGCUGGAGCGAGGCCCACCCCUGGAGGAGGCGCCCGCUGUGCUGGACAAGCCAGACAUCGUGUAUGUGGUGGAGGGACAGCCUGCCAGUGUCACCGUCACCUUCAACCACGUGGAGGCCCAGGUCGUCUGGAGGAGCUGCCGAGGGGCCCUCCUAGAGGCACGGGCAGGGGUGUACGAGUUGAGUCAGCCAGAUGACGACCAGUACUGUCUUCGGAUCUGCCGGGUUAGCCGCCGGGACAUGGGGCCCAUCACCUGCACUGCCCGCAACCGUCACGGCACACAGGCCUGUUCGGUCACACUGGAACUGGCAGAGGCCCCUCGAUUUGAGUCCAUCAUGGAGGACGUGGAGGUGGGGGCUGGGGAAACCGCUCGCUUCGCUGUGGUGGUUGAGGGGAAACCACUGCCGGACGUCAUGUGGUACAAGGAUGAGGUGCUGCUGACUGAGAGCAGCCACCUGAGCUUCGUGUACGAGGAGAACGAGUGCUCCCUGGUGGUGCUCAGCACGGGCGCCCAGGACGGAGGCGUCUACACCUGCACUGCCCGGAACCUGGCUGGAGAAGUCUUCUGCAAAGCAGAGCUGGCCGUGCGUUCAGCUCAGACAGCUAUGGAGGUAGACGGGGCCCGGGAAGACGAGGAACAGCGAGGAAAGAGACUCAGCGACUUUUAUGACAUCCACCAGGAGAUCGGCAGGGGUGCCUUCUCCUACCUGCGGCGUGUGGUGGAGCGUAGCUCUGGCCUGGAGUUUGCAGCCAAGUUCAUCCCCAGCCAGGCCAAGCCGAAGGCAUCAGCGUGGCGGGAGGCUCGGCUACUAGCCCGGCUCCAGCACGACUGUGUCCUCUACUUCCAUGAGGCCUUCGAGAGGCGUCGGGGGCUGGUCAUUGUCACCGAGCUCUGCACAGAGGAGCUGCUGGAGCGAAUGGCUAGGAAGCCCACCGUGUGUGAGUCUGAGAUCCGGGCCUACAUGCUACAGGUGCUCGAGGGGAUAUGCUAUCUGCACCAGAACCAUGUGCUGCACCUGGAUGUCAAGCCUGAGAACCUGCUGGUGUGGGAUGGUGCAGAGGGUGAAGAGCAGGUGAGGAUCUGUGACUUCGGGAACGCCCAGGAGGUGACUCCGGGAGAGCCCCAGUACUGCCAAUACGGCACACCUGAGUUCGUGGCGCCCGAGAUUGUCAACCAGACCCCUGUAUCUGGAGUCACUGACAUCUGGCCCGUGGGCGUCGUUGCCUUCCUCUGCCUGACGGGAAUCUCCCCGUUUGUUGGGGAAAACGAUCGGACAACAUUAAUGAACAUCCGAAACUACAACGUGGCCUUCGAGGAGAACACGUUCCUGAGCCUGAGCAGGGAGGCCCGGGGCUUCCUCAUCAAAGUGCUGGUGCAGGACCGGCUGAGGCCUACCGCAGAGGAGACCCUAGAACAUCCUUGGUUCAAAACACAGGCAAAGGGCGCAGAGGUGAGCACGGAUCACCUGAAGCUAUUCCUCUCCCGGCGGAGGUGGCAGCGCUCCCAGAUCAGCUACAAGUGCCACCUGGUACUGCGCCCCAUCCCUGAGCUGCUGCGGGCACCCCCCGAGCGGGUGUGGGUGGCUGUGCCCAGAAGACCACCACCCAGCGGGGGGCUCUCGUCCUCCUCUGACUCUGAAGAGGAGGAGCUGGAGGAGCUACCCUCAGUGCCCCGACCACUGCAGCCCGAGUUCUCGGGCUCUCGAGUGUCCCUCACCGACAUUCCCACUGAGGAUGAGGCCCUGGGGACCCCAGAGGCUGGGGUUGCCACCCCUAUGGAGUGGCAGGAGCAGGGAAGGGCCACCUCUCAGGACCAGAAGGUCCCAAGCCCUCCUGCUCCCUCCCCAGGCCAGGAGCCCCCAGCUGGGCCCAGCCCCAAGCGGGGAGCUCGCAGGGGCAGCUCAGCUGAGAGCGCCCUGCCCCUGGCCGGGCCGCGGGAGCCGGGCCGGGGCCUGCAAAAGGCAGCGUCUGUGGAGCUGCCACAGCGCCGGAGCCCCAGCCCGGGGACCGCCCGCCUGACCCGGGGAGGCCUGGGUGAGGGUGAGUAUGCCCAGAGGCUUCAGGCCCUGCGCCAGCGGCUGCUGCGGGGAGGCCCUGAGGAUGGCAAGGUCAGUGGCCUCAGGGGUCCCUUGCUAGAGAGCCUGGGAGGCCGUGCCCGGGACCCCCGGCUGGCACGGGCUGCCUCCAGUGAAGCAGCACCCCACCACCAGCCUCCACCAGAGACUCGGGGCCUGCAGAAGAGCAGUAGCUUCUCGCAGGGUGAGGCAGAACCCCGGGGCCGGCACCGCCGAGCCGGGGCGCCCCUUGAGAUCCCUGUGGCCCGACUUGGGGCCCGCAAACUACAGGAGUCUCCCUCCUUGUCUGCCCUCAGCGAGACCCAGCCCCCCAGCCCUGUGCGGCCCAGCGCCCCGAAAGCCAGUGCCCGCAAACCCAGUGCCCCCAAGUCUUCAGAACCUCCUGCCACCAAACCCAGUGAUGCUUCUCAGCCCUUGGCAUCCCAGCCUGCCCAAGAGAAGGCCCGGGAGUUCAAGGCAGAACCAGUCCCAGCCCCCAAACCUACACAGCCUCCCGUGGCCCUGCAAACCCCAGCGCCCCCCCUCACACCCUAUGCCCAGAUCAUUCAGUCAUUGCAGCUGGCGGGCCACACGCAAGGCCCUCCCCAGGGCCCGGCCACACCUCCGACGGAGCCCAAGUCCCACCCCGCGGUGUUCGCCAGGGUGGCCUCCCCACCCCCGGGAGCCUCUACCAAGAUCAUGCCUGCAGCCUCGGCUCCCCCAGCACCGGCCGAGAAAGCCCGGGUCCCCACGGUGCCCCGCAGGCCGGGCAGCAGUCUCAGCAGCAGCAUCGAGAACCUGGAGUCCGAGGCCGUGUUCGAGGCCAAGUUCAAGCGCAGCCGUGAGUCGCCCCUGGCACGGGGGCUGCGAAUGCUUAGCCGCUCGCGCUCGGAGGAGCGCGGCCCCUUCCGCGGGGCCGAGGAGGACGGCAUGUACCGGCCCAGCCCGGCGGGCACGCCGCUGGAGAUGGUGCGACGGCCCGAGCGCUCGCGCUCGGUGCAGGACCUCAGGGCGGCCGGAGAGCCGGGCCUGGUCCGCCGGCUCUCACUGUCGCUGUCCCAGCGGCUGCGGCGCACCCCGCCCGCGCAGCGCCACGCGGCCUCGGAGGCGCGCGGCGGCGGGGACGGGGAGAGCUCGGAGGGCGGCAGCUCGGCGCGGGGCUCCCCGGUGCUCGCGGUGCGCAGGCGGCUCAGCUCCACGCUGGAGCGGCUGUCCAGUCGGUUGCAGCGCAGCGGCAGCAGCGAGGACUCCGGGGGCGCGUCGGGGAGGAGCACGCCGCUGUUUGGACGGCUACGCAGGGCCACUUCCGAGGGCGAGAGUCUGCGGCGCCUCGGUCUCCCACACAACCAGCUGGCCGCCCAGGCCGGCGCCGCCACCCCUUCCGAGGAGUCCCUGGGCUCCGAGGCCAGCGCCACGUCCGGCGGCUCAGCCCCUGGGGAAAGCCGGAGCCGGCUGCGCUGGGGCCUCUCCCGGCUGAGGAAAGACAAGGGCUCGUCACAGCCAAACCUCUCUGCCAGCGUCCAGGAGGAUUUGGGUCACCAGUAUGUGCCCAGUGAAUCAGACUUCCCCCCAGUCUUCCACAUCAAACUCAAGGACCAGGUGCUGCUGGAGGGAGAGGCAGCUACCCUGCUCUGCCUGCCGGCAGCCUGCCCUGCACCCCGCAUCUCCUGGAAGAAAGACAAGCAGUCCCUGCGGUCAGAGCCCUCAGUGGUCAUCGUGUCCUGCAAAGAUGGACGGCAGCUGCUGAGCAUCCCCCGGGCGGGCAAGCGGCACGCCGGGCUCUAUGAGUGCUCAGCCACCAAUGUCCUGGGCAGUGUCACCAGCUCCUGUACCGUGGCUGUGGCCCGUGUCCCAGGGAAGCUAGCCCCUCCCGAGGUACCCCAGACCUACCAAGACACAGCGCUGGUGCUCUGGAAGCCAGGAGACAGCCGGGCACCCUGCACGUACACGCUGGAGCGGCGGGUGGACGGGGAGUCUUCCUGGCACCCAGUGAGCUCAGGCAUCCUCGACUGUUACUACAAUGUGACCCACCUACCAAUCGGCGUGACUGUGAGGUUCCGUGUGGCCUGUGCCAACCGUGCAGGACAAGGGCCUUUCAGCAACCCUUCUGAGAAGGUCCUCGUCAGGGGCACGCAAGAUUCCUCAGCUCUGCUACCUGCUGCUCACCGAGACACCCUUGUUACCUCAGGGCCAGCCAGGGCCCCGCCUCCGGACUCUCCUACCUCACUGGCCCCAUCCCCGACCACUGCUGCAGCUCCUGGUCCCCCAGGCCCCCAGUCAGCUGCUCUCAGCCCUUCAUCUCCCCCAACACCCCCCAGCCAGGCCUUGUCCUCACUCAAGGCUGUGGGUCCACCACCCCAAACCCCCCCACGAAAGCACAGAGGCCUGCAGGCUGCCCGGCAAGCAGAGCCCUCCGCACCCAGUGCCCAGGUCACCCCAAGUAAACCCAAGUCUUCCGUCCCUAACACUGGGACCCCGACCCCAGCCUCCACUCCUCAAGGGGUUAAACCAGCGUCUUCCUCUACUCCCCUGUAUAUGGUGACGUCCUUUGUGUCUGCACCAGCCCCCGAGCCCCCAGCCCCCGAGCCCCCUCCUGAGUCCACCAAAGUAACUGUUCAGACCCUCAGUUCAGCCAAGGAGAUGACCAGCUCCCCUGGCGGCAGUCCCCGCAGCUCUCCGGGGCCGGAGGGCACCUCUCUUCGACAGGGCCCCCCUCAGAAACCCUACACCUUCUUGGAGGAGAAGGCCAGGGGGCGCUUUGGUGUAGUGCGUGCAUGCCGGGAGAAUGCCACCGGGCGGACGUUUGUGGCCAAGAUUGUGCCCUACGCAGCUGAGGGCAAGCGGCGAGUCCUGCAGGAGUAUGAAGUGUUGCGAACGCUGCACCACGAGCGGCUCAUGUCCCUGCAUGAGGCCUACAUCACCCCACGUUACCUUGUGCUCAUCGCUGAGAGCUGUGGCAACCGGGAGCUCCUCUGUGGGCUCAGUGACAGGUUCCGAUAUUCAGAGGAUGAUGUGGCCACCUAUGUGGUGCAGCUGCUACAAGGCCUGGACUACCUCCACGGCCGUCACGUGCUGCACCUGGACAUCAAGCCAGACAACCUGCUGCUGGCCUCUGACAACGCCCUCAAGAUCGUGGACUUCGGCAGUGCCCAGCCCUACAACCCCCAGGCCCUGCGGCCCCUUGGCCACCGCACGGGCACACUGGAGUUCAUGGCUCCUGAGAUGGUGAAGGGAGACCCCAUCGGCUCCGCCACAGACAUCUGGGGUGCGGGGGUGCUCACUUACAUCAUGCUCAGUGGACACUCUCCGUUCUAUGAGCCAGACCCCCAGGAAACAGAGGCUCGUAUUGUGGGGGGCCGCUUUGAUGCCUUCCAGUUGUACCCCAACACCUCCCAAAGCGCCACCCUCUUCUUGCGAAAGGUCCUCUCAGUACACCCCUGGAGCCGGCCCUCUCUGCAGGACUGCCUGGCCCACCCGUGGCUGCAGGACGCUUACCUGAUGAAGCUGCGCCGCCAGACGCUCACCUUCACCACCAACCGGCUCAAGGAGUUCCUGGGUGAGCAGCGGCGUCGCAGGGCCGAGGCCGCCACCCGUCACAAGGUGCUGCUCCGCUCCUACCCAGGCAGCUCCUAGUGGCUCGGACCACAGCCUGGCCCCGGGAUUCCACUCGGGGCUCCCGCUGAUGCUGCGGGACAUUCCAGGGCCCACGCUGAACUGGGUGGACUCAGGGCUUCGGACACCACCAGCAGAAAAAUCCAGCCGGGCUGUUACCUCAUGGACCUGCGGGGACAGAGGCCCCGGUUUCGGGGGCUUCGGCCAAUGCCACCAGGCCAGAGCCAGAGCUGGAGACUCAUUGGCCAGGCUGGGUGGAGUUGGAAGCAGGAAGAAGGGCAAGAACAGAAUGGGGAAGUGAGAGGAAGGGGUGGGAGACUCUAGGAAGGUUCUGGGAAUGGGGGACAGUGCAUCCAGGGGGAAGUAACCCAGGAGGGUGUGAGUGGCUGGAGAGGUGGAAAAGGAAGGAGCCCAGGGUGUCAAGGCCAUGGGCUGGGAGUGCCAGUGAAGCAGGGACAGGACAUCGGACAGUGACAGGGUGCCAGAGGCAGCGUGUGAGAGAGGGCAGCAAGAUAGGGGAGGGAGAGGAGAGAGGACUCAGGUGGGGAUGGGAUGGGCCAGCUGCCAGCAUCCCAUUGAAGAAUUGUGGAGGGCUGGAGGCAGGAGGCAGGAGGCAGUGGUCACUCAACCCAGUGCUCUCCUGUUGCUUCAGUGAGUGCAGCUCUGGGCUCUGUGUUGGCCCAAGGAUGUCCCCAUGGCCCUCCAUGGCCUUUGCCCUUCUUCCCAUUCAUAUUUAUUUAUUUAUUGACUUUUAUGAAGUUUUCCUUCCACCCAAUCCUAAUUGCUCAUGUUGUCCUGACCAUCCCCCUCCACCCAAGCCAUCCAGCUGUCUGUGCAGCUGUCUGUCUGUCUGUCACAAGGGAAAUAAAAAUAGCAAGCAGCAGGA